CCGGCCGCGAGCCGGGGCCGCCGCCCCCGCCCCUCCCGGUGCCACACGCAGUAACUGCUUUCCAAAUGGGUACGGAGUGAAGGCGGCGGCUACGGGGCCGAAGCAGCGCCCCGCUGCCAUACCCCACCCCACACGGGACCGGUGGGUCGCUGGGAGAGCGCGGGCGCGCACGCCACGCCCACCGCGCUUCCUGCCUGUCCUCGUGACCGCGCGCGCACGUGCUCCGGCUUCUUGGCGCUCCAGGUCGUGACCUAGGUUUGGCCGCCCCGGCCACGACCCACCUAGAGCCGACGCAGGCCGGGUCCGGUAGGCUGCAGUCAGGGAAGCGGCGGAGACUCGGGCGCCCGCCGAGCAGGUCUUAGUAGCAGGCCCCGUGGGCGAGCAGUGGUUUCGCCAUGAACCCCAGGGGCCUGUUCCAGGACUUCAACCCAAGUAAGUUCCUCAUCUACGCUUGCCUGCUGCUCUUCUCGGUGCUGCUGCCCCUUCGCCUGGACGGCAUUAUCCAGUGGAGCUACUGGGCAGUCUUCGCCCCCAUAUGGCUGUGGAAGCUCCUUGUCAUCGCAGGCGCCUCGGUGGGUGCCGGUGUUUGGGCCCGCAACCCUCGCUACCGCACCGAAGGGGAGGCCUGCGUGGAGUUCAAAGCCAUGUUGAUCGCUGUGGGCAUCCACCUGCUCCUGCUCAUGUUCGAAGUCCUGGUCUGCGACAGGGUGGAGAGGGGGACCCACUUCUGGCUGCUGGUCUUCAUGCCACUUUUCUUCGUAUCCCCUGUGUCCGUGGCUGCCUGCGUGUGGGGCUUUCGACAUGAUAGGUCACUCGAGCUGGAGAUCCUGUGCUCUGUCAACAUCCUGCAGUUCAUCUUCAUCGCCCUAAGGCUCGACAGGAUUAUCCACUGGCCGUGGCUAGUAGUGUUCGUGCCCCUCUGGAUCCUCAUGUCAUUCCUCUGCCUGGUCGUCUUGUAUUACAUCGUCUGGUCCCUCUUGUUCCUGCGGUCCCUGGAUGUCGUUGCCGAACAGCGAAGAACACACGUGACCAUGGCCAUCAGCUGGAUAACGAUUGUCGUGCCCUUGCUCACUUUUGAGGUUCUGCUAGUGCACAGAUUGGAUGGCCACAAUACAUUCUCUUACAUCUCCAUAUUUGUCCCCCUUUGGCUUUCAUUAAUAACUUUAAUGGCCACAACAUUUAGGCGGAAAGGGGGCAACCAUUGGUGGUUUGGUAUUCGCAGAGAUUUCUGUCAAUUUCUGCUUGAAAUUUUCCCAUUUUUAAGAGAAUAUGGGAACAUUUCAUAUGACCUACAUCAUGAAGAUAGUGACGAUGCUGAAGAAACAUCUGUUCCAGAUGCUCCUAAAAUUGCUCCAAUGUUUGGAAAGAAGGCCAGGGUAGUUAUAACCCAGAGCCCUGGAAAGUAUGUCCCCCCACCUCCCAAGUUAAAUAUUGACAUGCCAGAUUAAACCUGUCUUCUAGGGAGUGCCCAUAUGUGGACUAGAAACCCACCUUAUUUUUGCCUCUUUGUUUAUCCAUCCCAAACCUGGAACUGAAAAUAGGCUCCAAACACCAUCAUCUCAUGCCAUGUUGGAGAUUGAUGCCUAUCAGUGACUCCAUCAGUAUGUACCAUAGAUGUAGGAGGUUAUUUGAAUAUAUGGCCACGUGUGUGGUGUGUGACUUGUGAAGGAACUUGCUUUCCAGGUUGGUGCUUAAAGAGCUAGCUGGGAGCGGUAGGAUUGUUUUAGUAGGUCCUCAAAUGGAAUAAUUACGCAAUUGGGUUUUUUUAAAAAGUGGUACUACAUCUAUCAAAAGUAUUAUUUUAAAAAGUAUUUUUAUACACUGCUAGACUGUAUUUCAGAUUGUGCCUGUUGUGACAAUAGUAAAUGUAAAGAGUUCUGCCACUUGUUUAUAAACCUCAUAGUUAUUUUUAAUGUUCCUACUGUUAAAAUAGUUUUUCUUUGGGCUUUACUGGUAGCCUUUGAUAGCCUAGUAGGUGAAUUUUUCUAAUGUAGUGAAUCUGUGCAUAUAUGAUAUUUAUAUGAAUAUUUUAGCAAUGUAAUAUAUUACAUUGAAUUCUAGUUCUGUGCAUUACCAUGUAUUAUGUAAAAGUAUUUUUUUAAGUUUCUAUGUGAAGAUACAUGUCUAUUGCAGAUGUCCUUAAAGAUUGCUUAAAACAAUAUGCACCCAGUGUGGGAUCUAUCAAAGUAUUAGGCAUAAAUAGAGGGAUUGAAAAUCUCAA